AUGGAUCACUGUCGUUAUCUUCGAUUCUCUUACCACGGGAAUCUGUACGAGUUUCGUUGCCUACCCUUCGGACUCUCGUCUGCCCCUCGGGCAUUUACAAAGAUCUUGAAACCAGUAGUUGUCUUGAUUUGUUCCCUGGGAAUUCGCAUUGUCAUUUAUCUGGACGAUAUCUUGCUUCUACAUCAGAAGAAGAACGACUUAGUACAGAUCUUUUACCAAGUCGACAACCUACUUCAGAACCUAGGAUUUACCAUCAAGCCCGACACAGCAACUGGUAUUCCUGGGGGGUCUGCUGGACACAAUGAAGAUGACAAUCUCACUUCCACCAGAGAAGUUGGAGUCAAUCAUCCAAGAAGCCCACCAAAUCCAACAGACCAGUCCAAUAUCUUUAGAGAAGCUAUCAUCACUUAUUGGCAGAAUGAGUCAUGCUGCUCAGACUGGGGUUUGGAGAGCACCCUUAUAUUAUCGCAGCCUACAGCGCGACCAGGCAAUAUCUACUCACCAAUAUGGCAAGCAUCGAAACGUUUUCAGGUGACGUUAUCCCAAGCAAGUAUGACAGAACUGAUAUGGUGGUCAUCCCCCCAUCUUCACACAUUCAAUGGCCAACCCCUGCGCCCAGUGCCCUUCGACUUGACUAUUUCAACCGAUGCCUCCCUGUUGGGGUGGGGGGCAACAUGGAAUGGGGUGACAACAGGUGGUCGUUGGCUUCCACAGGAGGGGAAAUCGCACAUCAAUUGGUUGGAACUCAAAGCAGCUUACCCGGGAUUACAAGCCCUUUUCAACUCCCAGACGUCCAUCCCCAAUCAUAUUCUUUAG